AUGACUUCGAACGAAGGAAGAGGACAAGCAAACUUGCAUCAGCAAGAUUUAUCUAAAUUAGACGUCACAAAACUCUCUGCUUUGUCUCCCGAAGUUAUAUCGAGACAGGCCACUAUCAACAUUGGUACUAUUGGUCAUGUAGCUCAUGGAAAGUCUACAGUGGUUAAAGCCAUUUCUGGAGUGCAAACUGUCCGAUUCAAGAAUGAAUUAGAAAGGAACAUUACUAUAAAAUUAGAGCGCCUGUCCGAUUCAGUUAUAAGAAUGUAUCGUGAACGAGCUGAUGAAAGGGAAGAAAGGAUAUUCUUUGAAAAAAUGAGGAAAAAUAAAAAAAGGUCAUUGCCACCCGAUCCAGAUGUAACUCCAGAAAAACCACCAAAAAAGAAACAAAAGAAAAAUAAACAAGAAAAUGAGGAAUUUAUUAUUGAAAGAAUAUUCGGGUUUAAAUUUCAAUCUGGUAAAGAAUUGUUUCAUAUAAAAUGGAAAGACUAUGAUGAGAGUGAAGCUACAUGGGAACCUGGGGAAAAUUUAAUUAAUUGCCCUGAAAUAUUAAAUGAAUUUUUGAGUGAGGAAGAAUUGAAGCAUGCUGAGGAGAUUGAAAAACUCAAAGAAGAAAUAUCUUUUGGUAAUCUACUGCAUGAGGAAAACCUUAUUCAAAGGUUGGAUGAAGUAGAUGAUUCAGAACUUACUAAAUUAAAAAAUGAUCUCAUAGUCAAACUUCUUACCAUGAUCUCUCUGAAACAGAGUGAUGAACAUCAUGCUUCUCAACUGGUUCAGGAAACCAGAAGCAUUUAUCAGUUAUAUGUAUUAACAAGGAAACGCUAUCAACAACUUAUGGCUCUGAAAAAUUGGGAAGAUUAUCUUAAUCAAGUGGAUAUAUGUAAGAAAUUAACUGUUGAAAAUGAUGUCGACUUAAUUGGUCCGCCUGAAAACUUUACAUAUAUCAAUCAUUCUAUUCCCGCUGCCGGUGUAACUAUUCCCGAUGAACCUCCUAUUGGGUGUGAAUGUGAAUCAUGUAAUUGUCGCUCAAAGUCGUGUUGUGGGAUGCAAGCUGGUUUAUUUCCUUACACAGUAAAGAGAAGACUUCGUGUAGCGCCCGGAACGCCAGUCUACGAAUGUAAUAAAGCCUGCAAAUGCUCGUCAGAUUGUAACAAUCGUGUCGUACAAAGGGGACGUAAUACUAAAUUAACUAUAUUUCGCACAUCAAACGGUUGCGGAUGGGGCGUUAGGACUGAACAGAAAAUCUAUCAAGGACAAUUUUUAUGCCAAUAUGUUGGGGAAGUCAUUACUUUCGAAGAGGCAGAGAAACGUGGACGCGAAUAUGACGCCAAUGGUUUAACUUAUCUAUUCGAUUUGGACUUUAACUCAGUAGAAAAUCCGUAUGUAGUGGACGCAUGUAACUUAGGAAAUGUAUCUCACUUUAUAAAUCACUCUUGUGAUCCUAAUUUGGGAGUGUGGGCUGUAUGGGCUGACUGUCUCGAUCCAAAUUUACCAAUGCUGGCUUUGUUUGCGACACGUGAUAUUGAAGCAGGGGAGGAGAUUUGUUUUGAUUAUUUACAAAAAUCAUUAGAAAGUGAGGAAGAAACGAAUACUUCUGAAGUCGUUGAAAGUGUUGAAGAAAGCGAUUUAACCUUACCCGAUGCUGCAGAAGCUAGUACUGCUAUUUCUCCCGUGUCGCCAGUUAAAACAAGAUUUGAAAUCCAACAACAGAAUAGAGCAAUGCUCAGAAAUCUCACUGAGUGCAAAUGUGGUUAUGCGAACGCGAAAAUCUACAAAUGUGACAACCCUAAAUGCCCUCGUCCGACGAGUUUUAUAUCAGGCGGUUCAUCCAAAGAUGACAGCUUCCCGUGUUUGAGACCAGCUUGUACUGGUCGCUUCCAACUGGUUCGCCACGUUAGCUUCGUCGACUGUCCCGGUCACGACAUUCUUAUGGCAACCAUGCUUAACGGCGCGGCAGUAAUGGACGCCGCUCUACUGCUUAUUGCUGGUAACGAGUCCUGCCCCCAGCCUCAAACCAGUGAGCACUUGGCCGCUAUAGAGAUUAUGAAACUGAAGCACAUACUUAUACUUCAGAAUAAAAUAGAUUUGGUAAAGGAAGGUCAAGCUAAGGAACAACACGAGCAGAUCGUUAAAUUCGUUCAAGGAACCGUCGCGGAAGGCGCACCGAUUAUACCGAUAUCGGCUCAGUUGAAAUAUAAUAUUGAGGUGUUAUGCGAGUACAUAACCAAAAAGAUACCUGUUCCGUUACGCGACUUUACUUCCCCACCCAGAAUGAUUGUGAUUCGGUCAUUCGAUGUGAACAAGCCGGGUUGUGAGGUUGACGAUUUACGUGGAGGGGUCGCUGGCGGCUCCAUACUACAGGGUGUGCUAACCGUCGGUAUGGAAAUUGAGGUUCGCCCGGGUCUAGUGAGUAAGGACGCGGACGGUAAGCUGACCUGUCGUCCGAUAUUUUCUCGCAUCGUGUCACUAUUCGCUGAACAGAACGAGUUACAAUACGCUGUCCCCGGAGGACUCAUUGGUGUUGGAACUAAGAUUGAGCCGACUUUGUGUCGAGCUGAUCGUCUUGUUGGACAGGUACUGGGUGCAGUGGGAGCCCUACCUGGUAUAUUUGUUAAGCUUGAAGUAUCAUACUAUCUUCUGAAACGUCUUCUCGGUGUACGUACGGAAGGCGACAAAAAGGCAGCCAAAGUACAGAAAUUGGCAAAGAAUGAGGCGCUAUUGGUUAACAUUGGAUCUCUCAGUACUGGUGGUAGAGUUAUCGCUACAAAGGCUGAUUUGGCGAAAAUAGCUCUUACGAGUCCCGUUUGCACCGAAAUUGGAGAAAAAGUUGCAUUGAGUAGAAGAGUUGAGAACCAUUGGAGGUUAAUUGGUUGGGGUCAGAUUCAAGGAGGGGAAACCAUUGAACCCGGAAAGAACUAA